AUCUGGUGGACUUUGCUCAGUAAUUGUGUCUGAUACCUGCAGUGGAGUUCAAAGGUCUCCACUGUUGUUAGUUCCUGAGUUCCUGAGAAGCUGUUUCGCGACCGAAGGGCUCGAAAAGAAAGGAAAGGUUUGGAUGGUUUUUUGGGAGAGGUGGAGGGAGGGGGGAGGUUACCAGUUAAGGUAUGUUGAAACAUAUCUAAGACUCGAAAACUGAACGUUUAAGGCAGAAUGUUGGUAUUGCUUUGGGUAUUUGUUUAGUAUUGAUUUUUUUUUUUAUGUCAAAGUAUUUCCGCUUUCUGGUUAACUCUUGUUGUGCUGAACUUACCGUAAUUCUACAUUUUACAUCUAGAUACUAUGGAUAACUUUCACUUGAGUGUCAUUGUGGUGGCCCUUUACUUUAAUCUUCCUGGAUUGGCGGGAACCAAGUCACAGCGGAUUCUUCUUGGUACACAUCACCGUUCAGGCUGCCGGUGGGAUGUGGAGUUCUCAGUGAAUUGUUCUUUUACCGGAAUAUCUACUAUUCCAGAAGAUACAUCCCAAACAGCAAUAACGGCUGAUUUUAGUUACAAUAAUAUUAAAACUUUUACGUGCGCUGAUGGAAGAAGUGAAGAAUGGAUGCUAAAACACCUGAAUCUCAGUAACAACCUUAUUUCUGAACUCUCCUUAACAACUUGUAGAAAUUUACCUGUUUUAGAAACUCUAAACCUCGAUGGGAAUGCCAUCCGCACCCUCGCGCUGGACGUACCCACACCUGCACAUGGGUCUCAGACGUACGGCAAAGUCCAUCGGCUCCUGCCUGCUUUGAAAGUCUUGUCAGUUGAAAGAAAUAACCUUAAUAGAGUUCCAAAAGGACUGGGCCGGCUGCAGUCUCUGCAAACCGUCCGUUUGUCGUCCAAUGGCAUAGGACAGAUUGAUGCGAGUGAUUUUCAGAACUGUUCACAGCUGAAGGACAUCCACUUGCAAAACAACAAGAUAACUAAAAUUCAUCCAGACACCUUCAGGGAUCUCAACAAAUUACAGGUCGUGGAUCUCCGUGAAAAUGCUCUGGCAACCCCUUUACCACAGAUAUUAAUCAGCUUGAACUUCUUUCGACUUGAAGUGGGUUUGUCAAAUAACGCCUGGGUAUUUAACUGCAGACUGAACGCUUUCAAACACCCGUUUCAUUUUUUUUUUGACUCCCCGAGGAAAAAAUGGAGUAUUUCAUACGAUACAUCUGCCAACAACUCACAGAAACCUCUGCUGUAUCUUUCAAGCUUCCACUUAAACUGCAGCGACGGGGUUUUGCUCAAGAGGGCUGUAAUCCCGGCAGGGAAGACAUCGGUGCUGGACUGUGACCGGGACAACAGGCGGGGUAAUGGAGUCUCUUGGUGGACACCUGAAGGCCAAAUUUCAGAAGAUAACAGCGUUCCUCAUAUGACACUGGAUAAAAUGAAUAACUUAGUGAUACACAAUGCUGAGAAAACCGCUGAAGGGUUAUAUUUGUGUACUUUUAAUACAACCAAGAAGAAAUACCUCAUCUACAGCGUACAGGUGAAAGAAAGGGUUUCGACAACAUUUUUGGUUAGAAAAGGCCGGGACACUAACGCCGUUUUUAGCCAGGGGAGAACAGAGCAGGACCUGGCCCUGGCCGUCUGCCUCUCGGUUCUCAUCACCUUCGUCUGUGCUUUUUGCCUGGGUGCUUUUGCUAGACCCUACCUUGGGAGCCUGUGGAGACUCAUGUGCAGGCAUAAAACUUCAAGUUCGGAACACACUUAUUCUAAUCAAGCUUUUUCAGAUGAAACCUUGCGCAGAGAGAGCUCUGCAAGCAAACCGACAAACAUGCAGGGUGAUUUGUUCAUCUGCGAUGAGAAUCCUUCAAGAAAAACAAGCAUUUUUGCUACAGAAGCCCCUACUUUGCAUGCAAAUGUCACCGGUAGCAGCGUACCUGCACGGAAUACUGAAGAAGAGUCCCAGAAACAAAGGAGCAAUGAGAACAACGUGAUUUCAGACAUCAAAACUAGUAUCGGCAAUUAUGAAAAUACAAAUGUUGAUGAGAAUGGACUAUUUUCUGGAAGGGCAGAUUACAAGAACAGCAAGGAAGUAAUGCCAGGAAAAUUAAUGAGUAAUGGCACUUCAUUACCGAAAGAUUCAAAAUAUGCAAAUAAAGAGCCAGAGAAGAGCAGGUUCCCUCCCAUACCCAGCAGACUGAAUGCCGACUCCUACUCAAAUCACAAUGACUCUUCAGAUUUGGAUUUAUCCUUCACAGGAGAGCCUGGCUUUCCAUUUUCCUCAGUACAAACAACACAUGCGGUUGCACAAGAUUCUAGGAACAGUGAGGUGCGCAACAACUCUGGCCCGCUGCAGUCUGAAAUCACAAAGGCUACACCAGACCCUCCUGAAAGAAAAGGCAUUUUUUCACAUAAUGAACCCAUGAGCAGUACAGAAUUUAUGCCUGGAAGGCAGCACGGUGAUGAACAACUUGGUCUAAACAGCAACGUAACUACAACCAGUGAUGCGGGAGAUUUUAUUUUACCCAGUAGCUGCAAGAGGGAUACAAAUAUUGAGAAUUUACAUCUCUACCAAACAACAGAAAACUCUCCUCUUACAGAGUACGACUGUAAAACGGAACGUACCAAUGAAAAAUAUGCUCCAGCAGAUCUAUUUGGCGAUAGUUCUUCAGAUGAAGGGACUCCAUUCACAAUGAGCGACUGUAGUUCUUUAGCAGACUUUGAACUGGAAGAACCUGACGCCAGUGACAACCUGCCAGCCUGUCAGUCGCCACCAGAGGAAGCCGACAGGAACAGCGGAGCCGAGGAGUCCUCCGCGCUGCCAGAGUCUCCAAGCAUUGCUGCUGAACUGCAGCACAUUUGGGAAAACGAGGACGAGAGCAAUGAGUACUUUGAAACCACUCUUAAUUAUGGAUCAGGUACCAUCAUGCCCGAAACAGCAUCCCCUCACGCUGAUAAAUGUGCCCAUGUAAGCGCGUCAGAUUCAGACACAGCGAGUUCUUCAGGUCAAGAAGUUCCCGAUAUGUUUGAUUAUUUUACUAAUGCAGAGUCAACAGUGCAAAACCCCGAUUCUCUCCACAACCAAAGUACAGAUUUUGGUAAUACGUUCCUUUCGUUAAAACAUCCUCCCGCGUCUGACACAGACACGGAGAACACUCCUGAAGAGGCUGAAGCGCAGCUGUAUCUGUUUGCCAUUGAACCACAGCAUUCCCUCAGCUCCACUCCCCCUGAAGCAGAAGAAAACGCACCAGAGGGAAGCGCAGACGAGCACAAAGACUGGAACUCCUCCGAAAAAGUUCACGGUGAAGGGGACAUCACGUUCAGAAGAAACACAAGUACAUCCGAGGACAGUGAUUUUAUUUUUGCUCCCAUUGAUACUGGUUUGAAUGAAAUUGUUGAACACACAUCUCCACUGCAUUCCAGCGACGAAUCAUCUCUUCAAUCUCUGCCUGAACACACAGCCGAAAAACAUAUUAUGGUUAUCACAGAGAAAGACGACUUGCUGACACAGGGGAAGGAGGUGAACACAGCUAAGGCUUGUGCAGAUAAAAUGCAAACAGGUUUUAACGAGGAAAACUGUGAUGGAUACGCAGAAUUACAGGAUACCAGCAACUGUAGUCUGCCCGAAGAAACACAGUCUUGCAACCUUAGGGCAGAUCUGCUGCAUCUUCACUCUUCUGGGAAAAUGCCAUCAGUCUUCAACACAGAAGAUCCCUUCCGACUGGAUCAGGGUGAUGAGGAUGCAUAUUCCUUCUCAGUCCCACGGGGCUUCUUCGAUGAAAGCACGCGAUACAGUUCACCUUCAGUCCCACAACAGACUACAGGAAACAUCAUCUCCGAAAGCACCGAUUCCAGCGAGACGGAGGAGGACGCUACUUGGACGGGGCCGGAGAACGAUUCUACAGCAGCCGUCGACCUCCAGAAUUCAAGUGAAAAACUCAGUCAAAAGAGUCAGACCAGUUUAGGACAGGGCCAGUUUUUCGUUAAGAAGAAAAGAGCGUUUGAUGGAUUUGCUAACGUUUUGCAAAGCAGGAGAACAAACGUCAACAGUUGAGACACAAAAGCGUAAUACUGAGCUCCCACAGUGUUUAUGUUCUAUAGCAGGCGCAAAAAUGAUUGUGUCUUCAAGUGAAGUGUGUAGCUUUUAAUGACUGUUAAAUACCAUGGGUUGUUUGGGGUUUGUUUUGGUUCCCCCUCACUACAACUAUCUGCCUUUAACUUCAGAAACCCAAGUUACGGAACUAGACUUCACGAUGAGAUGUUUAAAGCCUGGACCCAUCCCAUUUAAAAACACCGUGAUUCCAAAGGGUAAUUCAGGCGAGAAGCCAUGGACUUCUGUUUAGAAGGGUAUUUGUAAAUAAACAAGAAUAGAUUUUAUGAAAAACAAUGCUAGGAUAACUCAAAUGAGUGAACUACUCAGUAGUUAUAACUGAUAACAGAACUUUUGCUGAGUUAUAAUAAUAAUAUAUAUUUACUUUCUCAUUACUGUUGGUACUAAAGUAUUGUUUUCCCUUCGAAUUUGCCUCUGAUAUGCACUGUUUUGUUUCUCUAAAAUAAAUGUUACACUGAAAUUACCAUUACAUUUAUUACUAUUAUUGUGUGUUCCCAUGGGACUCGCCCUAUAAAGUGAAAUAGUACAUAUUACUGUCUCCUGCUCUUUGAACCAAAUUUGCCAAUUAAGCACCUCUGAAUUCCCACAGUUUUGCAAAGACAGGUAAAGUCCAAGCAGUAUUCGAUUAUACUUAAAAAAAUUACUUUUUAACUUGGCGAGACAUAGAGAGUAAUGAAACGCUCCUUUCUCAAAGCAACAGAACAGAAUCCAAACCUUGCAGAAGAGUCCGUUAUGGAGAUCCAGCUACCGAUGGGACACCACCUGUAGUUUGCAGAUGUGAUGACAUGGGCAGGGUAAUUUAAAAAAGACAACCUACUAUUCCUAAGCUAUAAUUCCCUCUAAAGAAGGAUGCUAUACCCAACUUCAAAAUUUUACUGAGAGGGGCAAAUCAAGAGCAGCUCAAAACUGCUGUAUUGGAAUAUCAAUAGCUUGAUAUACGGUAACUUUUUCUAAGCCAAAAGAUAACAAAUGUCAGAUAAACUUUUCUCUGAAUAUGGCCCAAGGCUCUUUUAACACACAGAGUAUCAUUGAUGUAGUCCUUGAAGGGGAAUGUCAUCACGAAGGGGAAUGGUCCCAUGUUCCCAGGAAAUGCUGGAGGCUGGCCAGCAGUGCUGGGAAAACUCUGUUAUGAAGACACCAUUAAUUCAGUAAAAACUCCGAACAGAAGGAACGCAUUUCAAUUCCAUCAGACGAGGAACAAGUCCAA